AUGUCACCCCCUAUCCCUUCCAACAUGCGUGCCAUCGUCGUUGAGAAGUACGGCUCGCCCGACGACGCGUUCGUCAUCAAGUCCGUCCCUACCCCCGUCGUCGAGCCUGGCCGCGUCCUCAUUCGCGUGCGCGCCUUCGGUGUCAACCACGCCGAGAUGCACAUGCGAAGGGGCGAGUGGGCCGAGGACAUGCCCAUCAUCGGCAUCGAGUGCGUCGGUACGGUUGUCGCAUCUCCCGACGGCAAGUUCGCCACAGGAACGCCUGUCGCUACUUUCAUGGGCGGGCUCGGUCGCACGAUCAACGGCUCGUAUGCGCAGUACACGUCAGCGCGGGUGAACAACGUCGUCGCGCUCGAUCCAGACGCGGUCGACCGGCUCGGCUGGGCAAAUGUCGCUGCUAUUCCGGAGACGUACGCGACUGCGUGGUCGUGCGUGGCGCAGAAUCUGGAGGUCAGCAAGGGCGAUAGGCUGCUCAUACGCGGUGCGACGAGUGCGCUUGGGAAGGCGGCAUUGAAGCUCGCCAUCCAAGCUGGUGCAGAGGUCACGGCGACGACAAGGAAGGAGGAGCGGUUCGGGGAGCUGGAGAAUAUAGGGGCAAAGGAGGUGUUGCAGGAGAGUCCGGGUCUGGCGGAGAAGGUGGCGGGGAGGAAGUGGGACAAGGUGUUAGAGCUGGUUGGGAGCAGCACGGUCGUAAGCUCGUUGAAGCUUGUCAAGAAGGGUGGCAGAUUGUGCCUCGCGGGCUGGCUUGGUGGACUGGAGCCAAUCAAGGAGUUUAACCCUCUCCUGCAAAUGCCGAGCAGUGUCCACUUUAGCCUUUUCGGAAGUUUCGUACUCGGCGAGGAGGACUUCCCAGUCAGCGAUAUUCCCCUGGGUGACAUCCUGAGGAUGAUUUCUGAUGGCAAGUUCGAAGCCAAGCCCGCGAGGGUGUUCAAGUUUGAGGAGAUCGCGGAGGCGCACAAGGUUAUGGAGGCGAAUGAAGCCAACGGAAAGAUGGUAGUUCUGGUAGAAUAAACACUACAGUCCCAGAUUGAGUUACGACUGUUUGUUAUCGAACUUGUAUUACGAACUAUCGCAACACCUGACCAUGAUAGCUAUACGAGAGCGACAGAAAAGCCAUUGGGAUUUGAAGGUAUGCAGAUCAAGCAGAAGUUGACAUGCGACGCUAGCGCUAUUCUCUUCGGGAUUUCCUCAGCUAGUAGUUACUCGUGGCAGGGAACAUUAGGGCUGAAGCUGAAGCCUCUGUGUCUCCAAAUGGUCAUUAGUGACAAGAAAUGCGCAAGAGCCUAGCUUGAGCCUAGCGCGUGAACACAGGAGCUACAGAAAGUGGGUCG